AUGACGACGCGUUGCAUGUCGCCCGCUCUCUACUUUAGCAGUGGCAGCCAGCCCUACGAAGAGUACCAUCACUAUGGUUUGGCCUGCGACAUUUACACACAUUUUACAUCGCCUAUUCGUCGUUACCCAGACGUCAUUGUACAUAGACUAUUGGCUUCAUCGAUUGGUGUCUCGUCGGUGUCGCUCAACAUGGAAAACAAAACCAUUUCCAACAUGUGUGACACUAUGAACAAGCGUCAUCGUAUGGCUCAGUUUGCCGGCCGUGGUAGCACCACCCUGCACACACUCAUCUUUUUCAAGAACCGCAAGACUGUCGAACAAGCCUAUAUUAUCCGUGUCAAGGCCAACGCCUUUGUCGUGCUCGUCCCACGCUACGGCUUUGAAACAACCGUCUAUGUUUCCGAGCCAAAUGCCCCAACCACCUUCCAAUACGACUGCAACAGCCAGACACUCAGCAACGGAACCCUCACCUUUAGAGUGUUUGACCAAGUCACUGUAGAGAUUUACGUCGACGAGACCAAGGCCCACGACCAAAAACUCAAAACUGUCUGUGUCAAUCCAAAGAUUGAUUUUGUCAAUGCCCAAGACGACCCGGAUAGUAGAAUCAAAGAGGAGGAGGAAGAAGAACAAGAGGAGGAAAAGAAACAACAGAACGGGGAAAAGAGGGGCACCAAAAACAAAAGAGAUGAAAAUGUGGUUGCCCAACCCUCAAACAACGCAGCCCCCAAAAAACCAUCCACUGAAAAGACGACCACAAAGAAACAACCAUCAACAAAAAAGAUCAAACAAUAA